UGGAAUUGAUGUUAGCAAACAUGGCGUCGUCGCCAAUUUCUGGCUGAAUUUUUUGUUGUCAAAAGAAACGGUGCGGAAAAUGUUGCAAUAAAAUCGUGCGAAAUGUGAAUUGUAUAUUAAAUAAAUAAGUGCAAUAAAACGAGAGUGACUAGCAAACAAUAUCGGAUAGACGGAGUGCUGCAAUGGCUGCGGCUGCUGCAGCAAUGCCAGCUGCAAACACAACAACAACAGCAGCAACAACAACGCCAACACCUGCAAAUCCGAAUGCACCUGCAAUCAACGCAUCGUCGAGCAGCAGCAGCAACGCGGCACAGUUUCGGGAAAUUCAUAAAAAUACAUGGCUGAAAAGACUGACGGCCGAUGGCAAGAAAUUAACCGUUGGCCCAAAGAAAUCUGAGUGCAGUUGGGUGGUAUUCUGUGUGCACGACGACACCGAUGCCCUACUCGAAGGUUACGCGGAACCACGUCAAGCGGCCGCACACAUGCCUGAAUGGGCGGUUUCGCUGCGGGAUACGCUGCAUAUAUCACACGCCCUCAUUCCCAAUUCGCAUGAGUUCGAGUUUGUUGUAACGCUCAGCAAUGAAGUGUUGCGCUUUCAUGCGGUGUCAUGGGAGAUUAUGCAAGAAUGGGUGGAAACGUUGCGUUCCAAGCUGCGUGAAAUGAAGAUCCUUUCACCACGUGAAAACCUCUACACAAAGUUACCUGAAGUGCGCGCUCCAUUGCUGCCAACGCGCGAUCCCACAUCACCGUUGCCCGCACCUCCGCCAGUUCCCGCGGCCAUUGUGCCCGGCGUAGAGCGUAUUCCGGCUCAUCAGCAUCAACAGCAGCACGACAACAACACGUCCAGAACAGCAGCAGCGAGUACUACAACUACUUCAAGUGCUCCCUCGUCCGUUGCGGCGCAAGUCAUUGAAGCCGUCGCCACAACAACAACAACAACAGUAACACCUCCAACCACAGCCAUGUCUAAUACAUUAACUCAGCAUUUGUUAAAUAUGCUGUCAGAUCCCAUUAGCACAUACAGCGAACAAAUAAGCGAAAGUCUAACGCCAACUGCCGUCGAGGAGCUGGACGAGGAAGCCAGUGCAACAGCUGCCACAGAGCCACAAAACGUGACUGCCUCAGAUAACAUUCUGUCGGACGAUGAGUUUCUGUCACCCAUACUGCGAAAUGGAGUGCGAGUCGAUGUUGCUGCUGCUUCUGCUCAGCGCAUAUCAGCUGAUCAAAUCAUGAAUUUCGAACAAAUGUUGCAAUGCGAACGUCUUAUUCCCAGACCACAAACUUCACGUUCCAUGUCAGCAGGUGCUGCUGAUAAAACAAAGAGGCCACUACGGAAAUCACCACAGCCAAAAACUCAACAGGCUGCCACUAACUCAACUGCCGUGGAAGAGACGACAGACAACAAUAUAACAAUAAUACAAGUUUCCAAUACGAAUGCCGAGAUAAUGCAACCGCCCGAAUUGCCGCCCAAGAAUAAAGUUGUUGCGGAUAUUUUUCGUUUUCCUGAGAUUAAUUCAAAGACCAAGAUGAAAAAUUCGUUGCAGUCGCAGCAAAAACUACAAAACGAUUACAAAAGUAACGUACAAAUCAUUCCGUCCAAUUCCGUCGUCAAUUCAAAUACGAUACAGGUGCUGAGCCAACCCAGCAGUAGCAGCAGUGUCAGCAAUGGCAGCAGCUGUAAUCCCUAUACAAUACCAUUGAAACCCAAUGCUUCCAAUGCGACAACCACUCAAACUGCGUCCAAUACAACAACUGUUCAGGUGCUAGCCGAUGGUGAGGCAAGGGCAACAGCGACAGCGACAACCACUGUGGCUGUCUAUGGCACAUGUUAUCCCACAGCCAGCGCUAGUGUCCUACCGAGUGCCAAUAAUAAACCGCAGACGCCAAAGGUCGGCAAGAAGAUUAUACUCAGCGCCAAUAGCUCUGGCAUCACCAACAUACGCAUUAACAAUGAGCAGACAAACGACUCUAAUGUCAUCAGUGGCAAUGUCCACUACGAGAAGGUAUUCCUAUCGUCGAGCAUACCUGUCAGAAGCAGCAACAGCAGUCCUACAGCUAUGCGAGAGGAACAACCCAGCAGCAGCCAUGCCCAUGCAAUAGUAAACGUGGAGAACACGCCGACACCCGUUAACGGAAGUCCAGCUUUGCCGCGUCGCGGCAUUGUGAUUCCAUCUCAAACGCCAAACAAUGGACGCACUAUGCCUCAACUAACUCGUGGCUUGACCGAGCUGGUCAUUAGCACACGGCCGAGUCGACGAGAUUUUCACUAUUUAAAGAUGCUAAAUACACCACUCAAAACGAAGACAGUGCAUAAGACGGCCAGCGCCAGCGCCAAUGCCAACAAUAACAUCGAACAGAGUGUACCUCACACGUCUGGUUCGAAUGGUGCAAACUCCGGACAGAGUAGCAACGUUGCCGCUAGCUCCGCAGUGGAGAGCAUUGAGCAGCGCAGGCGCAGCUCAUCUACAUCGGAUGCACAAGCGCCGUUGCAGCGAGGCGCCACAGUAACCGCAUCAACGCAAACGAAUAGUCAGCGCGGCGCCAACAACAAUGAGUUUGUGCCGGGUCGCAAUAUAGCAUCGAGUGCCUUUCGAAUACAAUCGCCACCCCAGGUGGUGGCAGCAUCCCAAGCGACCAGCAGCAACAGCGGCAACAAACGAUUGACGCUACGAGAGCAACAAGUGAUGCAAUUGCGUCGCGAGAUUAUGCAUCCUGGUGGCGUACGAUUAAAUUUGCGGCGCAAGGAUUGCGUGGGCUCGAUUGCUUGGGUAGAUGCGUUCGGCGGUGUCUGGAUUGCAGGAUGGAAGCAAAAGGAACAUCCAGUUCUAUAUAACGCUUUGCACAUUGGCGAUCAGCUGCUCUCCAUAGCGGGAGUUAGCAUCAGCACAGCCGCAGAGGCUAAUAAAAUUAUACGCAAUACAAACACGCUAUUUGUCGAAGUGCUGCUCCGUCGCAUCCCCUUUGGUCGCGCGUAUGCAAUACGACGAGACCGGGAGGGUCAAUGCUUAGGACUCAUACGCGAUGGCAAUACCUCAACCAUCGUUGACGUGGUACCCAACAGCUUGGCUGCUCGGCAUGGACUGCCGCCUAAAACGCAGUCAUGUGAUGGUACUUCGUUGACUUUUUGGAUACUCACAGAAAUUAAUGGUCGACCGCUAAAUUUGUUUUUCAAGGAUUUAGAGAUACGCGAUCGCCUGAAUUCGGUAGGCAGGGAUAUAUCGAUAUUGGUGCAACCGUCGGAUUUGAUAACCAAAUUGAAAAAGCAGUUGAAAUCGUUGCGCGGCUACAAGGAUUAUCUAGUACAGUAGACGCCUCACUUCAAAAGUGGUUGCUUUUAUUUUAUAUAGACCUAAAAAAUAUAUAUAGACACAUAUAUAUAGCAUAUACAUAUAGCUCCAUAGGGAAACUCAAAACUGUUAUACUAUGUUAUACGUGUAUAUUUUUGUAUAACACUGGGCCAGAUAACCAUUCCAAUUUCAAGUAAAAUUGCAUGUUUACUUAAGCGACAGAAAGCUAUAUAGUCAUCUUUUAUACAUACAUAUGUAGUAAUCAUAUACUAAAUACUUAUAGACAGAUAGAAAAAGAGAGAGAAAGCUUCGAGCAAAUGAAGCGGAGCGCAAAAAGCGUACGGAAGCGAACAAAACAUAUAUAUAUUUUUGCAAAUUUUAUAUAACUAGUUAUAUAGAGAUAUAACGGUGUAGAGCAGUCACUUUGAGAAGAUAUAUACACGUCAAAAUUGUUCGAAUAUAUUAUGAUAGAAAGGAAAUUAUGAAAAUUUACAAAAUAACAAAAACGGAAUCAAAUGUUUAUAAUCUUUUUAUAGUAUUCUCGAUUCUCAAACAAACAUAUAUUUUAUUCGUAAAUUAAAUUGAAUAUACAUAUAUACACACACACACACGCGUAUUAUAAACCUGUGCAACUUAGUAUCCUUAUGCAAUAUUAGAGUGCCUCUGAUUUUGUUUCUGUAUUUGUGUUUUUUAUUUGUUUUCAUGUGAAAAAGACAAAAAAAACAUCUAUGUAACUUGAAGAUGUGAUAAACUGAGUACUCAAAUUUUAGGCAAUUUUUAAAAAAGGUACAUUUGUAAAUGCUUUUUGAUUUGUUUUAAAUAUACAUAUAAUUUUGUGUUAAUAUUUUCCAUAUACAUAUAUUAUUAUAUUACAUUAUUAAAACAUACACAUAUAACGUCAUUAUGUAAACUCCAUUAAAACAAUUUCAUAUACAUAAAUCCCUACUCGCAGACCGUGUUGUGUUUGGCCUCGUAAACAUCCUGCUUCCAGAUGCGGAAAUUAUAUGCGUUCGGAUCCAGCUGCGAAUAAAUGAAAAUGGGCAUUGAGUUUGACAUUACCCAAAUGACGCCAUCCUCAUCGAUCUGCAAAUAGAUUAAACAUGGCUAUAGCUAAAAUUGCUGAUCGGAAUUAUAUUCGAUUAUAACUGACCGUUAGAUCACUGGGAUAGAUCAUAUUCUGAGGAUCGGAAGCAACAAUGCCGUGACUAGCAGCCGAGAAGGGCUGGCUGGACUUCCAGCACCCAACGCCAUUUGUCUGAAUCUCAGCAUAGAACACGACGCCGGUCCGCGGAUCGUAAUCGUGCAUUGUACACUGUUUAUUUACACCUCGACUGCCCAACACACGGAAAUCGUUGCCAUGAUCCGAACGCGCCGCAUUUGAUUCUUUUUGUAGCACUCGAUUAGAGACUACGAACUCGUUGUUGCUGGCCAUGGCAUGGAAGUAAACAUCAUGACUGCCGUCGCUCUGUUUCGGUCCGAGCGUGGUGGAAAAGAUGCCAUCAUCCCAACGGAAUGUCUGACCACCAAUAUGCAAAUCUCCAGCCAAUGGAUCAAAGUUGAAAUAGUUGUGUUGAAAGACCCACAUAUGAUCCUCCUCCAAGCUGUACACAUACAGACGACUGUUGACCAAAUCUGGUAUAUAAGCAUAAGCCUUUUGGCAUUGAUGCCUGUCGCCCACAUCAAUGGUUAAGCUGGCCAGACCACGUCCCGUUUCCACAAUGCUCUCGGGGAUGUCGUACCGCUUACGCACACGAUCAGUUGCAAGGU